AUGGUGUGGAAUGGAAUUUCGCGCGCCGCGCGGGCGUGGAUGGAGCGACGAGGGAUGACGGAGCGAGACGUGGACGGCGUCGUGCGGGUGGUCCAUCCGGGACCGCUCACCCCGUGGCCGCCUCGAUACGAUGACGUGCGCGACGCGGACGUGCGGGAGGGGGACGCGGUGGCGGCGGAGAGCCUGCGGAGGUGGGCGACGCGCACGGGACGGGUCGAGGGGGCGGAGCGGGGUGAGGGCGCGGCGGCGUGA